AUGGCCUUUAUGGCUAUAUUUUUUCAGCUUGACAGGGACCGUGUGGUUAAGGUUGCAAAGGCAUACCCGCUGGAUCCCAACGCCACAAAUUCUAGCCUUGCCGACACAGAAUACGUGAAUGAUAUCAACCGCAAAUCAAUUAAUAACGAAGUCGAGGUCUACAAGCGGCUUGGUCGCCAUAAGAGGAUUAAAUCUUGCCUUCAGACAACUAGUUAUGGGAUUGAGUUAGCCUUCGCCAACGAAGGCAAUCUGCACGAUUAUAUCAACACCAAACCUGAACCAUUACAGUCGCUGAAAACUGAGUGGAUUUUAUCUGCAAUCGACACGCUAAGUUACAUUCAUUCCCAGAGGGUUUUGGUAGACGAAAUUGCACUGCGGAAUUUCUUAAUGGCUGAUGGACAGCUUAAACUUGCCGACUUUGGGCAGUCCGUGUUAUUGCCCCUAUCGACAGAUAUGGAUACCGUUUGCGACAAUGAUGUAACUACGAGGAUUGAGAUUCUCCAUCUUGGCUGGGUGAUCUAUUCAAUUGCUAAGUGUAGUGUAUAUCCGUAUUACUUCUUCGACAAGCAACAUGAUAUGCAUUAG